UGAGCUACUUCCAAACUGAUAUAGUUAUACUCCCUUUAAAGCUUAAGUUGUAGUUCUAGAAGCGGUGUCCUUUUGUAAUCUUGCGAGCCUGAAAAACCCAUCAACAUCCAAUAUUUGCCUGCUGCUGGCCCCUCUCUCCCCCCAGUCCCUCCAUCCCCCCUCUCUCGGCAUCCCCAUCCCCCACUCCGCGGUGUUCCCAACGCCGCUGCUAGCCCGAAAUCGCUGUAGUGAGAAGCUAGAGCUCCGACACCGUUUACAUAGCCAGUGCCAGCGAGCUUGAAGAUACCUGAACAAAAUAAGGAAUUUAGAGAACCACAUUUGUCCAUCAGACAUUGUAAGAACAGAUUAUCCAGCAGUAUGAAUCCUCUCUACAAUCCAGUUCAGCCUGGAUCUCCCUAUGGUAACCCCAAGAACAUGGCCUACACAGGCUACCCAGGAGGUUACCCCACUGCUGCUCCCACCUACACACCCAACCUCUACCAAACGGGUAGUCCAGGGUACCCACCAGGAUACACUACAGCGGGUACUCCGUAUAAAGUGCCCCCCACCCAGACGAACGGAGCCCCCCCACCCUACUCCCCCUCCCCCAACCCCUACCAAACAGCCAUGUACCCAAUCAGAAGUGCCUACCCGCAGCAGAGCAUGCAGAACCUGCAGAGCAUGCAGAACCUGCAAAACUUGUAUGCACAGGCAGCAGCGUAUUAUGGCCAGCCAGUGUAUGCGGCUCAGCCAUAUGCGUAUUACACGCAGCCAGUGUAUGCCGCUCAGCCUCAGCCCCAUGUCAUCCACCACACCACCGUGGUUCAGCCAAACAGCAUGCCCUCAGCCCUCUACCCCGCCCCUGUCCAAGCCCCUAGAAACAAUGGAAUGGCUGCCAUGGGGAUGGUUGCUGGGACCACCAUGGCUAUGAGUGCAGGAACCCUGCUGACCACGCCCCAGCAUGCUCAGCUGGGAGCGCACCAACACGUCACCAUGCCACAGUACCGGCCCCAGGGCACACCUGGAUACAGCUAUGUCCCCCCCCACUGGUAGACCACCUCCCCC